AUGGAGUCAGAAGUUAGCUACCUUCGUGAGGCCUUCCCGCAAGCGACCUUAAUAUGGGUGGAUAUUUUGCCAAGGAGGGGACUCGUGGAAAGUUUGGGAGGAGAUAAAGUAAAGGAAAUUCUUUGUAUGGCAGUAGACCGCCAGCCAGGUCUUAUUUUAGACAUUCUGGACAGGAUAGAGCCAGCCCAACCCGCAGGAUCUCAUCCCCAACCAGGAAGUCCAAGUCCUUCAUGGUGCUGUUGCAGUAAGUGCAGGGACAUGCCAACAGUGGAAGAACGUGUGUGUUGGAGAUAUUGGUAUAUCCAGAUGAACGUGACGUUUCAGGACAUAGAACAGUACAUCCUAGAUGAAGGAGUUCUUUCUUUAGCAAGACUUUAUCGUAGGGAGAUAUUGGUUUAUCCAGAUGAACUUGACGUUUCAGGACAUAGAACAGACAUAGAACAGUACAUCCUAGAUGAAGGAGUUCUUUCUUUAGCAAGACUUUAUCGUAGGGAGAUAUUGGUGUAUCCAGAUGAAUGUGACGUUUCAGGACAUAGAACAAUGAACUGUCACCUGUGUAAAGCCAAUAGACAUGCAGCAUACCGGCAGUUCACAUUGUGGAGGAAUGGGCGACUCGGGGAAGGUGUCUGGAUGGUAAUCCCAUCAUGUUGUGUGUGGACAAUUAGGGACCGCUACCCUGACCCAUAUGUACAAUACACGGGAUUCAAAGCAUCACGUUUAAGUUAG